AUGGAUGAUCAGUUCUGUUCGAAGACGGAAACCUUUGCGAAAUGGUUAACCCAUGUCGGCGUCCAGAUCAGCGCAAAGGCGCAGCUUACUGAUUUGAGAGCGGAUGGGAGAGGGAGGGCAUUGGUCGCCAAGGGCGAUUUUGCGGAAGACGAGUUGAUCUUCAGCGUCCCUCGAACGAGCACCCUGAGCGUGAAAGCGGCAUUACCGGAAUUGCUAUCGGGAAGACAGGAUAUUUCCGCUGAAGAUGUUGAAUGUAUGCCGGGUUGGGCGUCUCUGACCGCUGUCAUCAUCUCAGAGGGAUCACGCCCAGAAUCAAAAUGGGCACCAUAUUUCAACGUCCUCCCAACGAAACUCGACAGCCUCGUCUUUUGGAGCCCCGAAGAGCUCGCCGAACUUCAAGCAAGUGCCGUUUUGAAAAAGGUCGGCAAAGACAAAGCCGAGGAAAUUUUUCACCAGAGUAUUUCGAAAGUGACACCCGAAGGCACCGACGUCGACAUCUUUCACCGGGUUGCUUCGACUAUAAUGGCAUAUGCAUUUGAUAUCCCUGAUAUCGAGCAGGAAGAAGAGGAGGGCGCAAAUGAAGACGACCUUGUCGACGAUGAUGAGCAAAAGACAUCCCUCGCUAUGAUCCCUCUGGCCGACAUGCUAAAUGCCGAUGCCGACAACAACGCGCGUCUGCAUUACGACGGAGAAGAACUGGAGAUGAGAACUAUAAAACCCAUCAAGAACGGGGAAGAGAUUUUGAACGAUUACGGUCAACUGCCUCGCUCUGAUCUCCUGCGCCGAUACGGUUAUGUGACCGACAAGUACGCUCCUUUCGAUGUCGCAGAGGUUUCAACAUCGACCAUCACCGACCAUAUUUAUCAAGACCUUGCAGGCGAGCUGAAGGUGUAUCUUCGUGCUAGUGAGAUAGAGGCGCGGCUAGAACUCGCCAGGCGGGAAGACGUAUACGAGGAUGCGUACGAUGUCGGCCACGCCACUGAAGAAUGGCCAUGCAUAUCUGAUGAGCUUGUCGCUCUCGUUUAUCUGCUUCUCGUUGGCGAAGAAACUCUUGCAGCGAUCCAGUCUUCAAAGAUGAGCUUGCCUUCUCGAUCAAAGAUGGAAACCGAAUUGGUUGGCAAGGCGCUGCAACGUAUCUUCGAGCGACGGGAACGAGAAUACUCCACUACAGUCGCUGAAGAUGAGAAUCUGCUUCAAGCUGGCAACCAUUCAAACCGAGUCCAAAUGGCCAUCCAAGUGCGAAUGGGAGAGAAGGUAGUCUUAAGGGAGGCAAAAAAAGAGGCUGGAAAAUUUCAAGGUGACAACAAGCGAAUGCUCGGUAGGGAAAAGAGAGAGAGGGAAGACGAUGAGCACGUUUCACAGAAGAAAAGCAGGCACAGAUAA